AAAUAAACACAACACACUUUUUAAAAUGGAAAAAAUUUCAAUUUGGCUUUUAACUGUUGCUGGCUUAAGACUUUUAGGUGCUUCACAAGCCUUUUUUAAUCAAAGUAGAAUUAAAUCAAAUGUAUAUUCAGGUGAUCCAAAAUUAGCCAAUCCAUUAUUCUGUAGAUUAUUCGGAAGUUGGACUUUAAUGAGUUUCACUUUAUGCAUUGCAACUGCUUUUAACCCAUUUAAUAAACCAUUAUAUUUCUGUACUUUUGUUUCAUUCCUUAUUGCUGCUGGUCACUUUAUCACUGAAUGUUUCAUUUUUAAAACCUCACGUAUCAAGGACUCAAUCUCACCAUUCAUAGUCGCAGGUACUUCAAUUAUGUGGAUGGGUUAUCAAUUAUUAAAUUGGUAAAAAAAAAAAAAAAAUAUCUAAAUUAUCAUAAAAAUCAAAUGUAUCAACAAAUAAAAUUUAUUUAAAACAAACCAUUUAUAAAUAAU